GGCCGGCCUGGCUCACGCCUUCUCUCGUCUGCGCCCCGCAAUGCCUCCCAUUUCCCUUUGGGCUCGGAAAAUAAAACGCCUAAAAGAUGUCCAGCCAACCUCCCCGCCUCCCCGCCCGGGCUCCUUCACCCAGGCCUGGAGAGGGAGGGAAGGAGGGAGUCGCCGCCUUCGCCGCCUUCGCCUGCGGGAGAGCUCCGCUUCCCGUCGUCACCGGCCUUGUCGCCGCCGCCGCGCUCUCCAUCCCGUUCUUGUGAGGAGGCGAAGGAGGAGGAGGCCUGAGGCUUUCGCUCCGCGCGGGGACCGUCAACCUUCUCGAAAGGCCACCCUGGCCGCGGGAGGAGGAGGGCGUGGGUGGACCCGCUCCGGGGUCAAGUUGUCCUCGGCGGCGUAUUUAUAAGGCAAGGGGCGGCAGCCUUCUCGCGACGAAGCCAGGUCCGGUCCGGUCCGGUCGUGCCGGCUCGGGACCGGAGGAACGGUUCGGCUUGGUCCGGUCCGGGAGCAAAACGCGGCUCGCAGGUCCUGGGGCCAGAGUGUCUGAGGAUGGGCAAAGACUUUCGCUAUUAUUUCCAGCAUCCGUGGUCCCGCUUAAUUGUGGCCUAUCUGGUGAUCUUCUUCAACUUUUUAAUAUUUGCUGAGGAUCCAGUGUCUCACAGUCAAACUGAAGCUAAUGUCAUCGUUGUUGGGAACUGCUUUUCAUUUGUAUCAAAUAAGUACCCUGAGGGAGGAGGCUGGAGGUUUCUAAAAGUGUUCCUGUGGCUACUUGCCAUCCUCACAGGACUGAUAGCGGGCAAGUUCCUCUUCCAUCAACGUUUAUUUGGUCAGUUACUUCGACUGAAAAUGUUCCGAGAGGAUCAUGGAUCUUGGAUGACAAUGUUCUUCAGCACCAUUCUUUUUCUCUUCAUUUUUUCUCACAUAUACAACCUGUGUCUCCUUAUGGCUGGUACCAUGAGGGCAUACAUUAUAACAGACUUCAUGGGCAUCAGGAAUGAAAAUUUUAUGAAGGUAGCAGCAGUGGGGACCUGGAUGGGAGACUUUGUCACAGCUUGGAUGGUUACAGACAUGAUGCUACAGGACAAGCCUUAUCCUGACUGGGGGAAAUCUGCCAGAGCUUUUUGGAAAAGGGGAAAUACCAGGAUCGUUUUGUUCUGGACUGUUCUGUUUACUUUGACCUCGGUGGUUGUUCUUGUCAUCACAACUGACUGGAUCAGCUGGGACAAGCUGAAUCGUGGAUUUCUGCCAAGCGAUGAGGUUUCAAGAGCUUUUCUGGCUUCCUUCAUCUUAGUGUUUGACCUUCUUAUUGUCAUGCAGGACUGGGAAUUUCCACAUUUCAUGGGUGAUGUUGAUGUAAAUCUUCCCGGCUUGCCUGCUGCACACUUUCAGUUUAAGUUGCCUUAUUUCAAAAGGAUUUUUAAGGAGGAGUAUCACAUACAUAUAACAGGCAAAUGGUUUAACUAUGGCAUCAUAUUUCUUGUGUUAAUCUUGGAUCUGAACAUGUGGAAGAAUCAAAUGUUUUACAAACCAGAUGAAUAUGGUCAGUAUAUUGGUCCUGGGCAAAAAAUCUACACUGUGGAAGACUCAGAAAGUUUAAAGGAUCUCAACAGAACCAAAUUGUCUUGGGAAUGGAGGUCGAACAACACUAACCCUUUGACCAACAGGACCUACGCUGAAGGAGAUAUGUUCCUGCACAGCCGAUACAUUGGUGCAAGCCUAGAUGUCAAAUGCUUGGCCUUCAUUCCAUCUCUACUGGCUUUUGCUUUGUUUGGUUUCUUUAUCUGGUUCUUCGGACGAUUUCAGAAAACUGAUCAAGGCAUGGAGAACCUUGACAGAUCGUACACACGAAUGAAAAGGAAGUCACCGUCUGAUGUGGCAAUGACACGAGAGAACACACAAGUUUUAACGGAAGAGCCUUUGAGCUACGAUGACCCACACUUGAUAUCCAUCAAGUCAGAUUUAAGUGAGAUCGUCUUUAAUUCUUCCCUCCUAACAUCUGAAAAUCUUCAUGCUCAUCUACAUGAGCAGCCGAGUCCGUUGCAACCAGUAAGGGAGCCUGCUGUACAGAAGGAUACUCCUUUAACUUAAUAAUGUUCCUCUUCAAAGGACUGAAACAUGAAAUUAUAGAGAGAGUUCACUGUUCAUUUUUUUUUGUAAGUGGCAGUUUACAUAGUCUUUAGAACAAGAAAGAGAGACAACCCUACCCCAACGGUGCUCAACGUGCUUUUGUUUUGUAUGAAUUUGUUUUCUAUUUAUUAUAAAGACUUGUGCCUAUUGUAUUAUAUGAAACAUUUCUUUAUAGAUUUGCUUCUAAAAAUUGCAAUAGUGUAUCAGACUACUUGCAGGUAUUUAAAAAAUCUACUUUGGUGGUGCCUUGAAACAUUAGAUGGUCUAACUUGUAGAAGAGGUAGAACACUGUCGUUUUCAUCUAUUUUGAAAGGAGAAAUGUCUUUUAAAUAACAUGAUUUAGACAUUAUUGACUGAUGGAUGUGGCAUGAACACACAAAUGUGUUCUCUACAAGCUGAAUAUGGUAAAUAUUAUUUCAGAUCCUUAUUAUUCAUCCUUUCUGGGAACUGGAUGAUGGUCUUCAAACAGCAACAUAAUCUCUUUUAGGGGAAGGGGGAAACAAAGAUGUAUCAGGUACAUCGUACAUUGUCUUCCCCUGGUUUAGAACUUCUCUGGCUGGCUGGAUGUGCCAUCAACACACAAAUAAAAUUAAUGGUCACUGUUUUGGUUAAAGGUUUCUAAUAUGCAAUGGUAGUGAUAGUUUGAUUCUAAUUUACUGAUCUACAGUGUCAAUGACUUUGACAACUGGACUUCAAAGAAGCAUGUUAAUUACCUUUUAAUUUUGCUGGCCGUCUUCCCAAUGCAAAUACAAAUCCAUAAUACCAGAAUGAUAAUGUAGCAUGGGUCACUGCUUAGGAACAUGAGACUUCCUCCUCAAGUAAUUGCAAUUAGGCGAUAAUUCCUAAUUAUGUUUUUUUUAUAAUUAGAGCUAAAUUGAGACCUGAUUAAAAUCGUGCCCUUCAUCUUUUUAAGAGCAAAGGUUAAAAUGCAGUGUUGGUGGAACAGCCAGCCCUUCGGCUGAAGCCUAUGGAAUGCCAAAGAGCCAACAUUAGGAAUGCACUCAAGAGUAAUGAAGUCUGCCAUCUGAUGUUUUUUGUAAAUGCUGAUGUAAAUAUGGCUUAACAUAUAUUAACAUGAGACCUGCACAGUGCCACAGAGAGAAUGGGCUCUGACAACUUGUUGUGGUGGAGGGGGGGAAAUGCAUGAAAUAGAAUAGCAGAUACUGUGGUGUUUUGUUACUUGCAGAAAUUAACACUGUGUUGACUAGUAAGAAAUGACAUCAAUAAAUUAAAUCAAG